AUGUCCCGCGCGGAGCCGGCUGGGGCUGGGGCUGGGGCUGGGGCGGGCGGGGAGGAGGAGGGGGAGGAGGUGGUGCGGAUCCGGCUGGGGGACAGGUGCUACCCGGUCUGCAAGAGGAAGCUGAUCGAGCAGAGCGACUAUUUCCGCGCCCUGUUCCGCUCCGGCAUGCGGGAGGCAGGGCAGGGGCAGGAGGAGCAGCAGCUGCGCGGGGGGCUCAGCGCCCUGGGGCUGGAGCUGGUGCUGGACUUCAUCAACACCUCGUGCCUGGCCCGGCUGGAGCAGGACGAGGGCGGCGAGCAGGAGCCCCCUCUGCUGGAGGAGCUGAUCGAGGCCGCCUCCUACCUGCAGGUCACCCCGCUGCUGCGCCUGCUCCUCUCCCAGGUGAGGCUGGGCAACUGCCUGGAGCUGCACCGCCUGGCCCAGGUCUAUGGCCUCCAGGACCUGCAGGACGCCUGCCUGGACUUCAUGGCUGCCCAUUACCAUCAGGUGCUGCGGAGACCUGAGGCCCGCCCCCACCUGCUCCUGCCCAGCGCCCUCCGGCAGCAGCUGAUGGAGAGGCGGAUGAAGGGCACCGCCGCCCUCCUGGCUAUCGGAGACUUCGUGGGUGCCUCCUCUCUGGGCCUGGCCCCGCGCCGCCACCUGCAAGAGCAAGCCCCUUGGUCCAUGCUGAGGUACGAUGAGGUGGCCCAGAGGUGGCUGCCCUUGGCCAACAACCUGCCCCUGGAUCUCGUGAACGUCCGAGGCUAUGGGUCGGCGAUGCUGGACAACUACCUGUUUGUCAUCGGGGGCUAUAGGAUCACCAGUCAAGAGAUAUCGGCUGCCCACUGUUAUAACCCCUGCAUAAAUGAAUGGAGUCAGAUGGCUUCAAUGAACCAAAAGAGGUCCAAUUUUAAGCUUUUGGCUGUAAAUGGGAAGCUCUAUGCCAUUGGUGGUCAGUCCCUUUCCAAUGUGGAGUGUUACAGCCCAGAACACGACUGGUGGAAUUUUGUGGCAUCUAUGCCAAACCCUCUUGCAGAAUUCUCAGCUUGUGAAUGCAAGGGCAAAAUUUAUGUUGUUGGGGGAUAUACUACAAGAGACAGGAAUAUGAACAUUUUGCAGUACUGUCCCAUCUCUGACUGCUGGACCAACUUUGAGCUGUGUGAUGUCCACAUUCGCAAACAGCAGAUGCUCUCUGUCGAGGAAACCAUCUACCUGGUAGGGGGUUGUAUUCAUGAACUGGGACCUAACCAAAAAUCCAGCCAAAGUGAGGACAUGUUAACAGUGCAGUCUUACAACAUUGCUACCAGAGAAUGGCUCUACCUCAAGGAGAACACAUCCAAAUCAGGUCUCAACUUGACUUGUACUCUCCAUAAUGAUGGGAUCUAUAUAAUGAGCAGAGAUAUUACGCCAUCUACAAGCUUGGAACACCGGAUUUUUCUUAAGUAUAAUAUUUUUUCAGACAGUUGGGAGUCACUUAGACGCUUUCCGGCCUUUGGACAAAACAUGUUGGUCUGCUCUGUAUAUUUGCCCAAUGUGAUAGAAGUGUAAUUACACCAUUUUCCCCCCUUUCACUUCAUGAGUCCUUUUUGGAAGAAAUAAAUUAUUUUCAUUUCCGAAUGGGACAUGGUCACAUAGCCGAUGCAUAAAAUAUUGGUUCUGUUUUAAAAAAAGAAAAAAGAUUACAAAACUCAAUAUUAAUAGAGAGAUUUUCAGGAUUUUUGAAAAUUUCAACUACUUUUUGUUGUUGUCUUCAGUUUAAAUGAUGCCAAGCAGUGUGUGCAAUCCAGAUACAACAGCACUGUGUUGGUACCUGCUAUAGGUAUCAUAAAGUGAAAUUGAUCAGUCUGGUUUUACAGCCCCAUUUUAAUGAAAUUCAAAAGAUAAAAAAAGCAGGAUACAUGGUAAAAAGGAAAAUAGCCUUUCAAAAUUAUUUCUGUUUUAAUAAACUAAGAGAAGUAUCAAAGAUAAGGAAUUAUUUUUAAAUGUGGGUUUUGGUCUGGCAAUAUCCUGCUAGAUACACAAAGUAUGAGAUGAUUUGUACCUUAAUAUUUUUAUCUUUUCUGCAGUAUUGGUGUGUGGGAGAUUUUCAAAAGGCAUAAAUGGCCUUUGGGGAUUUGAAAUCUCUCUAUGGUUUCUUAUGAAACACCCACGUAGUCACUGGGCACAUUUGCACAAAGAUUUAAAAGAGCUCUUCUGGGUAUUGGAUGUUCUUUUAAUGUAAGUUGGUGACAGGCAUUGAACUACUCCCUACAUUUAAAAAAAAAGCACAGAUCAGGGGGCACUAAACUCAAAAUGGGGAACAUCUGCUUAGCUGGAGAAGUGAUUUUGAAAUUUAUUUUUGAUUUGUUCAGUUAGCUUCUCCAAAUACUCAGCCAUUAAGAUUAAAUUGUAGAAACAAGGGAACGAAUUGGGGGGUCAGGUUACGUGGCAGUAGAAUGCACAUGAGCCCCAGAAGGCUAAGCAGGCUGGCUCCAUCCUGGGGUUGGUCAGCCCCAUGUACAAAAGGAGUGCAGGGCAGCUCAGAGGUGUGGUGAGGAGAGGUGAACUCAUGUAAAUGAACUGUCACCUGAGCAGCUCUAUGUGAAUCCUGGUCCUUUACCUUCCCACCAGGUGGUGUUAUAUGGGUUACUCUAGCCUGUGGUCUAUGGUAAUCCCUUUUCUGCCCCAUAAAGAAGGGGCAAGCAGACAUGAGACCUGGACCUCUGACUUUUCAUAGGUGUUAAUUUGGGGGAUUUGGGAAGAGUCACUUUUGGGGAAGAGGGUUCCCUUUCUCUCCUCACAGCCCCUCUCAAAUUGCGUGGGAGGAUUUUUAGUCCAAUUGGAUCCUCUUCUCUCACUAGUUGACAAGUUCUGAGGGGCCUGUUCAGUCUGUCUGCUUGGGUGGUGUUCACAACUCCUCCCCAGGCAAAGGGGAGAGAUUGGACAAUCAUGAAAGUCUUACACAUGACAGGCUCUUGCCUUAGGGGAGACCUAGCUUCCUUUAGGGAUCCUACUAGGCAUCUGCAGAGCCCAGGCCAGAGCUUUCUCACACACCACAGAUCCUGCUAGUUCCAGAACUGGGCCACUUAUCCUUGUGUGUUCAAUGACAGGGGAAGAUGGAGAAUUUAAGCUUAUCCCUUGUAGUGGUUCAGUCAACAGAGAAGCCUCUUUUUUGGUGGAGAGAAUAUGUGCCUACAGGUUUUAUGCCCACAAAAGAUGAACUGCCGGCACAAGUUUGACUACAGCAAUCAGGAGGUGUACGCAAUCAGGGUAGUGCCCGCAGUCCAACUGGAUGCACAAACACAUGAGUGGCCAUGGUUUUGAAAAUGUGACACACAAAGAGCAGCUGCCUCUGUUACACCAGCACAAGCAGGCUAAGCAAUCCCAUCUACUCCAGGGUAGAAAUAAGGUGACUGGAAUGGAAUCGUUGAAUAAAAUCCCGGUUUUAUAUUUUCAAACCACGUAGUUUGUGUCUGAGGGUAGACAUGAGCAGGAGGCCGUUACUCCACAACAGCUUGCCCUUACACACAUUAUUUGAUGAUUUGUUUGCCUUCAGUUCUCUGCAGUACUAGAUUUUUUUCCCCCCCCUAGCAUCUCCCAAAGGCACCCCUGAUCACCAUCAGAACAAUACGUUGGAGAUCUCUUCACAGCGGAGUCAGUCAGUCUGCAUUCUGUGGCUCAGUGACUUAUGUGCUGAAUUGUUUGUGAAGAGCUAUCGCUUCCAGAUUCACCCCCUGCCCAGAGUAAUAUCUCUGAAUGACAACUUUCAAAUCUGGUGUCCAUUAAUCCAAUGAUUUCCAACCCAAGCUAGGGUUUUAAGAGCUUUGUUUUGUUUCUUGGGAGUGACUGUUCCUUUCACGGUGGCCUCCUACUAUAUUGGGUUAAUAUACAGUCAACUUUAUUAUUCUUUUAUACCAAAUGAAGAAAAUCUCUCUCUGCAGGGCCUACUUUCAGUGCUCUGUGAUCAGAUGACUAUUUUCAAGGUCUGGUGAGCCAACAGCGGUGAGUUAGAUGGGAAUGGUAGCUGAGACAGUAGAUGACUGAUGGAUUUUGGGGAGUAUUCGGACAUUGGCAUCUCUACUACAAAUACAUCUGAAUUGGCACAGGCUUUAACGCAGUGGUGGGCAACCUGGGAUCCGCGGACCACAUGUGGUGAUCUGAUUGCGGGCCGCGAGGCAUUUUGCUGACGUUGACCAUCCGCAGGCACCGCCCCCGCAACUCCCAGUUCUCGUCAGAUCAAAUGGCUGGGCAGUGCUGUGAUAAUGCCAUGUGGGACCAUAUUGAACGGGGCUGAAAUAACCAUUGCACAAACCAUUUUUUCUUUCAGGGAGGAACUCGUGGUGUGUGGCCCUCCACACCUCAGAGAAGAAAUCCUAAUGACUGUCCCAUUCCAGUCUCCUUUUCUUUCCAUUGCUUUAAUUUUCCACAUACGGUAUCAUUUAGCAGCUACUGCCCUUCUAGGCAAGGCAGACUGGCAGAGGGGCUCUUUUCAUAGCUCAUCAACAAACUGCUUCUUAGUCAGUCAAUGGAAAUGUUGUUGAGGGAUGCAAGACGUUCUGUUACCUCCCUUGGUGGGUAAAACAGUCUUAAUUUAAGGGACAAUUAAACUUCCAUUGAAUGGCAGCUAUAUAAAUAUACUAAAAUGAGAGGCCGUGUGGUCUACUUAAUUGAGCACAGGACGGGGAAUUCAUGAGUCUUAAUCCCAGCUCUGCCCCUCACUUACUGUGUGGCCUUGGACAGGUUACUUAGCUCUUUUGUGUCUGUUUUCCCCAAUUGCAGACUAUGGAUAGUAAUAUCUAACCCACCGGGGUGUUGAAGUUUAAUUGAUUAAACACUUUGAAUAUGUAAAGAACUACAUACGUGCUUUUAUUAUUUAUUUCAUUAUUGAAACUGUCUUGUGGGAGGUGUUAGGACAGAAGGCAGCUAGGAAUCCCACCUUGCUCUAGAUUAGUUAUCUUCAGAAGUGUUUACAGUCUCUGUAUCUCUUAACAGAAUUGUCUUUCCAUUUGUCAACUUUUCUUUUAUUUACAGAGUGGUUCUUUUUCUUUUCUUCACAUAAUCAGCUCUAGCUUAUCUCAGUUCCCCUGCCCCACCUGCCUUUCAUGCUUUAGCCAUCCAUCCUCAGUAUCUCUUCUUGCCCUUCAUGUCUAGGUUAUUCAGGGUUCUGUACCCAGGCAUCAAGCUUUCCUAUUCCCUCAUGGGCACUGUCCUUGCUUCAUGGGCCAGUUCUACUAGAUAGUAAAAACUGGAAAGAGUAAAAACUGACGAUACAACAGAAGACAGUGUAAAGAUCACUGAGACGAAGGCAAAGAAAGAUAAUCACACCUAUAGUUUCUGCCUUUCAAGGUAUGGUCUGUGGUUUCAAUGUGAAAUAAGAUUUGGAUGAUAUUUAAGCUUGUGUUCCACAUAAUCUCCCUGGCCAAUUUCCAUAGCUUUCCCUCCCUGCCUUGCCAGUUGAUCUUCCAUGUCUGUAUUUUCUCUUCUUUGAAGUUUUUGCCUUGCUACAUCCAUUGUCCCGCCUGUUUUGCUAAAAUUACAUUAUACCAAUUUAUCAGCCUUUACAACUUGACCAUCUGCCAUUCACACUGUGCUGUUCUUACCAAUAACCAGGAUGAAACAGUGGAGCAAUAUGUAGCCCUACCGGGGCAUUUUUAUUUCUCUAACUUUGGACUCUUAGCAGAGGAGAGGGCUGCAUAGCAGCAAAUGUUGCUUUUAUCAAAUCCUCAUUUUAGUGAGAAAUGACACAACAGUUAUUCAGAUGCUGUGAGAAAAUUGAUCCUUGUCAGGGGCACAAAAGAGAACGGAAGACAUAGCAUGUAAUAACACUCAGCACUCUACAUGUUCAGAUGCUUCACAAACAGUGAUGAAUCCUCCCUACCUUCCCUGGUAGGCAGAUACAUGAAGUAGGUGGUGGUAUGAUCUGGGGCAGCUCUUUAAGGAUAAAGAUUGGUGUGGUGAGUUCAUAAGGUUACUGCCUUCAGAAAGGAAUUCUUGAUAGCUGCUUGAGUGUCUGUCCUAGAUUUUAUUGAUUUUGCACUUACAAGGAUGACCAAAGGGUGGCUCCCAACACCCACAGUAAGUUUUAGAAACAAAACACAAACCUUAAGGUAGGGAGAGUUUAAACAUUUCCCCCUGAUAUUCUAAUUAAUGUUGACAUUCUGUACAUAUUGUAUGUUUUCUCUCUGAUACGCUCGGUGCCUGUUUCAGUGCAAAUUAUGUCUCUUAUCCAAAAGGGGGAGAAGAUGUUGGAAAAGGAGUGUGGCCUUUGUGAGACUGUUCUUUCACCACCUUUAAAAUUGGUAUCUUAAUGCAUCAUGGUACGUGUGUUUUGUUUUUUUCCUGAUGGUGUUGACAUUACCAAUAAACAAGUACUGUAUUAAGGAUGCCA